CCAAGAGUCACCGUCUCCUCUCUCGCAAGUUACAUAGUCAAACCUCAGAUUUUUCGUCCAUAACCAAAUCAUCUGCAACAAGAAAGAAGAAAUCUCUCUCCUCAAGUUCUCCCUCUUGAUUUCGUCUCCGAAAUCAUAUUCCUCGAAUCCUAUCAAAAAAGUGAUUCAGAAACCCAGAAGCAAUGGAAGAAGAUCAAGAUAUUAUGGUUUCAUUGAAAAACCUUGAUUUGGAAGAUCAAGCUCAGAAAGAUGAUUCAGAAUCCGCAAAGGAGUCAGAAUGUUCAGAUGCGCCACCGCCUAGUUUGGCGGAGGUAGAGGAAAUCACAGGAUACAGUUUUAGAAACAAGGAGUUGCUGAGGGAGGCUUUCACUCAUGGUUCUUACAAAGCCGAUGACUGCAAAUCUUACGAGCGACUCGAGUACUUAGGCGACUCGGUUUUGAAUCAUUUAGUUGCUAAGCUACAUUAUUUAUCGUAUCCUGAUAUGGCUCCCGGUGAGUUGACUCGGUUGCGCGCCGCCAAUGUCGAUACGGAGGCGUUAGCGAGGGCGGCGUUGAAAUACAACUUGCAUAAGUUUCUUCGCCACCAGAAACCUCUUCUUCAACGACAGAUCCAAGAAUUCAUGGAAGGGAUCGAACAGUACCCAUCGCAUUCACAUGGUAUGAUCGAUCCACCCAAAGUGCUUGCUGAUCUUCUGGAGUCACUAAUCGGUGCCAUCUUCAUCGAUACAGACUCGUCAAUGGAUUCUACAUGGGAGGUGGUUGAGCGGUUGUUACAGCCCCUAAUCACGCCGGAAAACUUGAAGCUGCAUCCUGUAGCAAAAUUCAAUGAAGCGUGUCAGAAGAUGGGGUUGAAACCACAAGCGAAAGAUCUGUGGAAUAAAACAGGGGAAAUUGAAAUUUACAUAGAGAAUGAGUUGAUUGGAAGGGGAAAAUACAAGUUGAAGAAGAUGAUUGCAGUGAACAGAGCAGCAGAUGAUGCAUACAAGAAUCUUUUUCUUUUUGAGAAGAAAGAUGGUGGAAAUGGAGGUUAAUCAAAAUGAAUCACCAUUACUCCUUUUGUAUCAAAUUAAAUGAGCUUUUUUUGCCUUUGUUAAUUUACCAAGGGAAAAAGCUCCUUUAUUUUGGAACGAAGUGAGUGACUUCUUAUUCUGUCUGGCUUUAUUGUUUCUUUCUUGAUAGACUCCAUGCCUUUUUCCUAUUAUGGUAACCAUGUUUCUUUCAUUUUACUUUCUUGUGACUUUUCUUACUAUAAAUGUUGAAUGCCAUUUGUCGCUUGAUUA